AUGCUACAGAAAGUACCUAUUCAACGUCUGAGGCGCGAAAGGCGCGAGAAUGAAGGACAACAGCGUACAGCUCGAGCCUGCGACACCUGCCGACAACGAAAAAUGAAAUGUGACGGCAAUCGGCCCAUGUGCACUCAAUGCCAGGCCCAGGGUCUGGCGACAUGUGCUUACUCCGAAGCGAAAGCUGUUAAAGUGCAGAGGCAACUAGAGUCAGCGAACCUAAAAAUUAAAGCCUACGAGGAAUUGCUGAAGGAUAUUUCCCAUCGGAUCGGCGGGUUCCUUGCGAAACGAAUCGCCAGCAUCCUAAACAGUGAGGAUCAAAACAAUGCCUCUCGUGCCUCAUCCUCGUCGUCGAUCGGUUCUCUGGAUGAUAUCGGUACCGUGAGUGAAGAUCUUAAUCGGAGUGAAGAAAGCAGGGCUACGGGGUACAUGGGUAAGAAUUCCGAAGUUACGUGGAUGCAACGGUUGGAGUCGGACACAACAAGACAGGGGGAAGAUUCUUUGGAGGCCCCUCCACAAUAUCUGCUUCGCAGUGACGACUCCAUCGCCUCAAUGAAUUACCGUCUUGAUCACGACCGUCUCUCCAUUCCAGAAGUGAGAAAUGCUUUCGUCCUACCACCAAAAGCCUUAGCAGACCAGUUAUUCCAGAUUUAUUUCGACAAGGUCCAUUAUUCUAUACCUAUAAUUCGACAAAAUCUCUUCAUGGAACAGUACAACCGCCUGUUCUCAGAAAGCCCCAUAAAUCCCGGCAGAAAGUGGUUGGCUAUUUUUAACAUGGUCCUUGCGAUUAGCAGUAGAUUCUGCCGAUACUCCAAGCAAGGUGCACAGGGCGAUGCUGAUGAGAACAUGUUCUUUGCGCGAGCGAAAUGCCUCAGCAUUUCAGAGAAUGUCCUCUACGACCAUGAGGAUUUGCAACAAGUGCAGGCAGAGGCACUUAUGGGGUUUUACUUCCUGGCCGUGUCACAAAUUAACAGCAACAAACUAGAUUCAGAAUCAAAUGAGUCACGGAAAAGGUUGUGGUGGUCGAUCUUUCAUUUAGAACAUCUGCUCUCUGUCAUGACGGGCCGGGCAUCCUGCCUUGGGAAAGGUUCUUGCUCUGCACCUCCACCGCUACCCACAGGGAUUUUGGAGUAUGGGGUACCUGGUGUCAGUCAGUUUGGGUAUGAACCAUUGGCCCAGGCCUGUGAUAUCCAGUGGACUAUUUAUCAGCGCCACGAACAGAUCGGGCCACAACAGGCGUGCCUGAAAUCUGUUGCAUUCAGUCCAUCUCUCUACUUCUUUUAUUUGGUAGAUCUGUCUUUGAUCAUGCACGCCAUUACCGAUCGUGUGUAUAGUACUGAUGUAUUCCAAGAUGGUUGGGCUCAGAUAAAAAGUCGCAUUGGCCUCUACAGCAAGAAGAUGGACCAAUGGUUGUCUGGGUUACACGAUUCCUUGGUCUUUGAAGACAUUCAUGAUAGUACAUUCCCCAGGAGUAAAUCAUGUUACCAAGUCUCGUUGGCGUUGCACUAUUACAGCGCCCGGAUUGUCCUUAACCGGCCUUGCCUCACACGUCCACAUGUUGAUUCGAAGAGCGGCAUUAGGUUUCCUAAUUCACUGUUUCAUGACAAUACUGCUUUAGCAUGUCUCCGUGCGUCCUUAGCGCUCAUCAAAAUUUUGCCAAAUCAGAUAGAAGCGGGGUGGGUCUAUAACACCACCUCAUGGUGGAGUUUCCUCCAUUUUCUGAUGCAGGCCACUAUAAUUAUGCUUAUACAUAUGUCUGUUGACUCAGUGCCAACGAAGGCUGAGGAAGGUGCGAAGACCGAGUCUAGUGAGGGCGCUGUUGGGAGUUCUGAAUCACCUGAAAUUGUUCUUGCUGCAACGAAGAAAGCCCUCCACUGGCUGUAUUGCCUUGGUGGGUCUGAUGAGGCCGCUCGUCGGGCUUUCCAUAUUUGCAAUAACUACCUUCACCGUAUAGCCCCGAGUAAGGGCCUGGAUCUGAGUGGCAUACCCUCCAAUAUCGAUCUAUCUCAGACAGUGCAGAAUGGUGGAAAAAAGCUUUCUUAA